UUUAAAAUGUCUGACACAGAUGAUGAUGCGGAUUUCGAAGAACAAAUCAGAUUACACCAGUUAGAGAGGGAAGGUAAGCUUAAUCUAAAUACCACAAAUGAAGAGGUCAAAAAAUAUACUGAUAAGGAUGGGACAGAAUAUGAAUGGGAUGAAAAACAAAAAGCAUAUGUCCCCAAAGUAACAGAUGACUUUAUUGCCAUGUAUCAGGCAAGUUAUGGGGUUUCUCAGAAUGAUAGGGGUCAAUAUACAUAUAUUGAUCCUAAUUCUAAACGUAAAUUAUAUUGGAAAGAGGAAACAAAGCAAUGGUAUUAUCAAGAUACUAAUGUACCUGUUUUAUAUUCCUCAGAAAAUAUAACUGUAGACAAUAAAAAAAAUGAAAUAACCAAUAAUAACAAUAAUAUAAAAGCAGUUGAAAAUGAUUCUAAAUUGUCAGAUCCUAAUGUUGAGUUCAAUUUCAGCAAAAGAUGCUACAUGUAUAAAGAUCCAACCACAGGUAAAUAUUUAUAUGAAUGGGAUCAAUCAAAGGAACAAUGGAUACUGCCUAAAAAUGACGAUGAUAGUACUCAUAAUUUACAAGAUCUUAAAGAGUUAUCUCAAGAUAUAAACAUUAAUAAUAAUAUUAAAUUUAAUAAGAAAAGAAAGUUAACUAUGUUAGAAAAAGGUGCACCCAAAAUACAGAAGCCAGCCGAAUGGUUUGAAAUGGAUGAAGAUAAAAAUACAAAUGUUUAUGUUUCAAAUUUGCCUGAAAAUAUUACCUUAGAAGAAUAUAUAACUUUUAUGUCAAAAUGUGGUAUUAUUAUGGAAGAUCCAAUUACAAGAAAACCUAAAGUUAAAUUAUAUACUGAUUCUCAGGGAAAUUUCAAAGGUGAUGGAAGAUGUUGCUAUUUAAAAGUUGAAUCUGUUCAAUUAGCUUUACAAAUUCUAGAUGGUUUUUUAAUGAAAGAUAAAAUUGUUAAAGUUGAAAGAGCUAAAUUUACUUUAAAGGGUGAAUAUGAUCCUAAACUUAAACCUAAAAAAUUAAAAGUAAAUGAUAAAAAUCCAAAAGAAAAAGAUCCUACAUUAUUAAAAGGGCAAGAAAAAUUAUUGGCGUGGAAACCAGAUCCCAUAGUUGGUCAAAGACUUAGUAAAGAAAAAACUAUAAUUUUGAAAAAUAUGUUUGAUCCUAAAACCUUCGAUGAAGAUGCCGCAUUAAUUAUCGAAUAUCAAAAGGAACUAAGAGAAGAGUGUGCCAAGUUUGGGUUAGUCAAAAAGGUCAAGAUAUACGAUAGGCAUCCGGAGGGUGUAGCAUCAGUCACAUUUAACGAAUUUGAAGAGGCGGAUGCCUGCCUGGGUACUAUGAAUGGCCGAUUUUACGCUGGUAGAAAAAUUGAAGCCGAAAGAUGGGAUGGUAAAACCAAGUUCAAGAUCGAAGAGACCGAGGCUGAAAAGGUGCAGAGAUUAGAAAGAUGGGGACAAUUUUUGGAGGAUGAUUAAAACUUUUUUUAAUAUCUAAUGUGUUAUAGGUCGUUUCAAAUUUGUAUAUUAUAUUUUGUAUGAUUAUGAUAAUUGUAUGCAUUUAAAUUUACAAGUUUAUUCGUAAAUGAAUAAUUAUUGAAUAUAUUUUAAGCUGCAUAAAUGAAACUCUUGUCAUAUAUAUU